AUGUUUGCAUCGCAACAAUUCACAUUCCUCAGGAAUGGAUUCUUUGAUGGCGGCCACAUGAACAUCUGCGAUAUAGGCAAAGCGAUGACAAUGGCGCAGAGAAUGUGGCUGCAACAAUGCCAUCAGUUGAGAUAUAUUACGUCAACAGCAAAUCACGAUAUUCCUGUAUCUAGAAAUCGAGUGCACGAUUACUUAAAGGAGAAGGAGGUGAUAGAAUUUACCUCCGGAGAGAUUGCAGCACCAACGGAGCAACGAUGCCAUAGCGUUUGCGUCGAUUUGGCAAAACUUUCGAGAAAUAGACAUGUCGAUAUGGAAAUGCUACAUGAGAAGGCCCCAAAUCGGAGUCGUCAAGUUGAAUAUUCACUUUUGUCUGCGCCAAAAUAUCCAAAGGUUUCGUUUUUCCCCGAUGGCUAUAUAAAUGUAUCUUUGGCGCACAGGGGUUUACAUAGUGAUUUUAUUCGUGACGCUAGGGAUUUUCGUAAUGAAGAGGUAUCAUCGUCGAGUCGAUUGUUCCCCAUGCAUCGCACCAGAGGUCGCACGAAGGAAGAGGCCGAUGUAAAGAUGCUUCAGCGCAAUCUUGACGCCAACUUAUCAGACAUAAUAGGUUUCAAUAAUCCAUCCGAUUUGGUAAAAAUUUUACGUCAGAUGCACUCAUUGGAUCUUUCUAUCAAAACAAACAAAUUCGCAGAGAUUUCGAAAAAAAUUUCGAAGGGUAUGGCGUCGAUCUCCACACACGAGCUUGUGGAUGUUGCAUAUCUGAUUAGAAGUUAUCUGGGCCGUGAAUACCAAUCCGGAUGUUUUCUAAUCGGAGCAAUAGGAGGGCGCUUGGAUAAACGUUCUGGUGAUCUCCUUUGUAUGUCUGCAUGUGAUAUACUUGCUCGUAUUCUCCCAAUUUUACAGAUACAAAUAUCUUUUCCACAUACAACGUGGACUAUUCUAACGAAUUUGCAACUAUUACGGAGGCUUGUCGCCGACGUGGGUCUGCUUGAUGCGGACGGGAAGGCAGAUUUGUUCACCCUUUUAACGGUCUCCAACACUAUUGCCCCAUUAAGCGAAGACCUCGUUGGGGCUACAAAGUUCAUAGCCGAAAAAGUGGAGGUUCAAGUGCCGAAUAUUUCGGAUCGUACCAUGCAUCGCUUGCUCUCUGUAAUGGACAUUUUCGAGACCAGGUUUCCCAACCUUCGAGACGCUUUGUAUCGGAACUCAUUCCACCGAUCUAGAUCAAUGCAGCCCAAUGAGUUGGCAUCCGUUUACUUGCGCAUGACGCCGAGUAAAGAAGUGUCAAAACAAGUCAAAAACACAAUAGGUCGGCGUUUGGUGGAGGUUACGACUAGAGUCUUGGUGGACCUGUAUUGUCGUCACCUGAAGGAUGGCGUGCAUAAUGCACGCCAAUUAAAAGCCUUUGAAUGGGCUAUUUCGAAGAAACGCGCAACAUUGUCCUUGCGAGAUAUGUCAACGAUACUGAUGUAUCACAGCACACACGGAGCAUCUAUGUCACGUUUAAAUGAGCUCAUAAAGGCACGUUUUUUGGAUCUGAAGAGUAUGGGUAACGCACAACACGACGAAGUUUUAGACUUUGUUCUAUCCAUGUCGCUGGUUGGACUACACAACGACCUUGACGUUUGGGCUGGAAUAGAUUCGGUCCAUUUAGUUUAUUCUACACCGAACAAUAUUCUGGUAUACUUGGGGUACGCUUUCCUACUCACAGGACAACGUAAUAGAGGCAUAUGGACCAUACUUUUCGAAAGGUACGCAUACAUCGCCUCCACUACUAUAAGCCGUUGCAGGAUACUCUACGAUUCGAAACAUUAUUCUUGUGAGCUUUACGAAGUUCUUAAAAUUGCGAAAGUAUUCGGAAUUAUAAGGGAUGACAUGGAACCUCAUCUGUUGAAUCGUGCCUUAUGGGUGAUGCAACACACGAAGUCACAACAUUACGCAAAACUAUCCCGACAAAGGUAUCAAACGCACGCCCCCAUAGAGCAAGCAUUGAAUCUCACCGGAUUACAGUAUUCCAAAGGCGUUGUGAUCGACGAUCUCUACGAGGCACCGUUUUACAUCACAUCGCACAAGAUAAUUUUGGAUCCAUUACGCGAGUCGUAUUUGCACGUGGUCUUGAAGUCGGUGAGGCCCACCUACGACAUAGUGUGUGGCACAAGCAAGGGUACCACCCGUUUCCCCUAA